ACAUAGUGCAUGUGAUGCAAAGGCAAGAAGAAGAAGAAGAAAAAAAUUCUGGGAAAUCUUGUUGUCUCACAAGGCUGGCUGCGUCAUUUCCUUCUAUGAGAAAUGUGUGGUUUCAGGUCUUUAAAAUGUUAUGCCGGGCUGCGACCCUGACUAGUUUCAACCUCUGUGCAUGAAGAAAUGAAUGGUUAUGAUAGGAACAUGUUCUGGCAGGGCCACAGACCACAAUCAACAUCUAAGAUCUUCCUCUCCCUUGUCCUGUUAACUGUCAUUGAGUUAGUAAACACAACUGUUCCAUGCAACCAGAGCUGUACUAAAACUAUUCACAAAGGUGUGAAGCUCAGCAAGUUUAUGAAGAGGAAUACUGCGGAACUAUUAAAGACAUAUCAAGCCAGUGAGGGAGACUUUGCAAAGCAGUUCUGCAAAAUGCAGAUGGACAACGUUCCAGCAUCAAGCCUUUCAGGACAAACUUCAUCUGACCGCAUGUUCAACAUUUACACACGUCUGAAAGAGUUCCAGCCUCACAUAAAGAAAGUUCUGAAGCAACAGACAGUCUUGCUGCCUCUUCAGAGCCCUUUGCUUAAUAGCCUAGAUGAGACUUUGCAACGAACUGGCCACCUUGCACAGGGAAUUAACUGUAUUCUGCAGAUCUUACAGCCCAAUAUACCCAUAUUUGAGCCAGCAACCAGUCCUACCAGAAUUCCCCUGCCUCAAAAUGUGUUUCAGCAAAAGGUCUACGGGUGUGUCGUCCUGACUCGGCUAAACGAGUUCCUCUCGAGAGUCGUUAAUGAACUGAGGUCAUUGAAGGGUAGCAUGUGUGUAAAAAAAAAAAAAAAGGAACUAUGGUGAUGUCAUAGAACUUGUCAACAAUGAUUUCAAAUGCUUUGCCUUUUUGAUUUGAUAGGUAUAUUUAUUAAUUAUUUAUUUUUCACAACUAGCAAUGAAAAAAAGUGACAUACAUUUGAUAGUUUCAUUUGCAGUUGUAUUUAUUCUAUUAAUUUAUUGCUAUGUCAUAACUGAAUAAUGUAUUACUUUUAUGAACAAAUGUUCCUAAAAAAAUUUAAGUUAUAUAUGUUAAUUUAGCAACAUUCCAUUCUUUUGGUAGUGAAAGAUUGAAAGAUAUUCUUAUCCAUGGGUGACUGAAUCUGAGGGUUUACUUCAACAAGUGAUCACUUAAUGUUCUUAACAAGUAUUUGAUGUCAUCUAGCCUGAUAUAAGUUAGCUAUAUCACACUAUGUGUUAUUCCUCUUUAGAUAGACAGAUCAGACUCACCACUGCACUUAGACCCAGAUUUGGAUAUCUUGCCACUGAG